GUCACCUGUGGCUGAAAGUGAGUUUGGUGUGUCGUUUAAGUACUUCCUGUAAUGGUGGAAACUACAUUUUUAAACACGCACAGACGCAUUUAUCGGCUUGUUGUUUUUUGCAUGAAUUUUCUAGGAGGAUUCAGUCGUGACCGUCUGUCUGGAUCACAGAGGUACUAAAAACAAGCGUCCCUCUAGCAUACGCGGAAGAACCUGCAGAUACUUCUGCCGCUGUGCUUCGGCGAUGGAUGCACUGCUCUAAUACUUUCACACAGAUUCACACACAGCACGCGUAGACGUGUGCAGCUUAAAACGUUUAUUUGUGCUGUAACAAGGAGCCGAAACCAGUGAGAGAUGGAGAGCUGCGACUUCCAGAAUCAGCUGCUGUCCGUCAUGGAAGUCCUGGCCAAGGCGGCUGUAGCUGAGAUAAACCGGCGUGUGGACCAGAGCUGCACGGUGCUCAGGCUGGAGGUGAGCCAGAGCCGGCGGGACAUCGACCUGCUGAAGAGCAAGUGUGCGGUGAUGGAGGCAGAGCUGAGGAAGAGCCGGAUGAGGGCCAGGAGAAAAGUGUUUAACAAUCCAUCAGCGGGGAGAUUCUCUCCUCUGGUCAAAGUAGUUCUCAACAAGGAAACUCAGAGCUCACAUUGGGACACACCGGUGGAAGCUCAGGCUCCAGAUCAACCCCAGCAGUGUGCUGAGGCCGUGGAGCUUGCUAAUGGGCCUGAUCACAUACGGAUCAAAGAGGAGUGUGCAGAAGAGGAUAUGUGGAAAAAUGAUGCAGAGGACAGACCGAUCUCUGGAGCCGAGCAUCAGCCGUAUUUCGACACAACAAAACCUGCCCAAGGCGACAGCUUUGCGGAGCUUUACCACUCGGCUGAAAACCCGGCCCUCUCUGAAGAUCUGGUUUCCCAAGUAGACGGCUACAGCAUUUUCCCAGAACAGCAGCUGAACAGCGGCCAAAAUGAUAUCGAACUCGUAGUGAAACACGAGAAAGAGGAAGAGGCGGAUGAGGACGCAGCUCCACUCGGUUCAGCCCACACGUUUGUGACAGAGACAGCUGAGGGGCAGCUGUGGCCAUCCAGCGUGUGCAGAGACACGGGGGACCCAGGUGUCCCGUACACCGGGCAGCAGUUUGAGCAGAUUCCUGCUGCAUUUGCAUCUUCAGCCCUGUUGCAUUUGGAGGAUGUGGCACCCAGAGUUCACUCUGUUGGGAAAUUAAAUUCUGUUGUGCUGAGUUCCGCACGAGUGAAAAGACGAGGCAGAAGUUUGGGAUGUAAGAGGCCACAGUCAGAGGAAGGACAAAACUCUGCAUCUCAGAUUAACUCCACAGAUCCCACCUUGAUUCCUCAACAGUUACAGAGCUGUACUCAAACGAGUAAUCCAGAUGAGGGCCGGACUGGGCCGAACCCCGCAGGCCCCUUCGCCACACACAGAGUUGGAGGCAGUUUGAGCCUGGCGAGGAGGAUGAGGACGCCCUGGAGGUCCGGGCUCGGCGAGAAGCGGUUCAGCUGCACGUACUGCGACAAAAGCUUCACCAGGUUCAGCCAGCUCAAAGAGCACCUGAGGAGUCACACGGGCGAGAAGCCGUUCAGCUGCAUGCAGUGCGGCCGGAGCUUCACCAAACAGUGCAACCUCAUCAGACACGCGGUGGUCCACAGCGGGGAGAAGCCCUACGAGUGCUCGCUGUGCGGGAAGUGCUUCACCCAGCGCUCCAGCCUCAAGUCUCAUCAGAAAACAGCACACUUAUAAUGUUUAUUUUAAACAACCGCUGCCCGUGUGGAGAACUUAAUAAUUGGUUUUGUUUCUGUGAUGUUACAUAUACACAUAAUUUUAGACUGAGUGGUACAGAAUUAUAAAACUACAGUCAAGUUUAUGGCCCGGCUAAUGUGUUUCCAUCAGGCGCCACACAGGCUGCAUGGAAAAGAUGGAUUGUGGAAAGUUGUUAUUAAGUGUUUUAUCUUUUUAUGUUGUUUUUUUUUUUAGCCAGCUGUGGUGAGUAAAGGGUGGAAAUAAACUCAUCAACUCCUCAAACAUGCCCCGUAUAACACAUCUGUUUUACUCCAACUAGGAACAAAUUUAUUCAGUGAGACAUAAACUCAGUGUUUAUGAAAUGUUUGAGGUCACAAACCCAGUAAAACUGAGUUCUUUUUUUAUAGAGUCGCCCUCUACUGAGUUUUAAAAAGAAUGCAGGUUUAAAGCACUUCUCCAAUGGCUUAAAAUUCAGACCUGAAGCAUAUGUCAAUCUUUCAUAUACAGUCUGUGAUCAGACUGCAGAACUAAUGCUAGCUUCAGUCCUUUUAAUUACUGGUUUCAAAUCACCUUAAAGACUCAUGAAACGUAGCUUUAUGUGUUAAUCCAUCAGCCUUAAUGAGAGGCUAAUGAAAAGCUAAAGAGGCUUUCUACCUCCCAUUCUUCUCUCUUCAUCUUCAACGUGUUGUUUUUCCUAAAUUACCAAUUUCAUAUUCAUUGCCUUUGUUAUUACAUGUAACCUAUGCUAAUUUAAUCCUGAUAAGUUUUUCCCUGCAGAGCCCAAACUGCAAAUUUGAAAAGUAAAUAAAGUUGCUCUGCAUUUGAACUUGGUCCUUGAACACAUCUUUGAACACAUCUCAGCCCUAUCAGAGAUUAGAUCGGUGUCUGGUGUUUCCAUUAAACAUCAAAGUUACUUGUGCUGGAGGUAGAUCAAAGAAGUACCAAAAAACUGAUGGGCCGUCAGAGGGUAGAAGAAGAGAUUGUCUGGCUCUAACAAAAGCAGUAAUCCCUGCACCCCCCUCCCCUCCCAUGUUGUUGUUUUUACAUUUUCAAGCACAAUGUCAGUGUUUUUAUAAGCUGGAAAUCAUUUGAUUAUAAAUUAGGUAUGUUUUAAAUAACUUCUUACAACUGCAAACUAAAGUAGGAACUGUGGUAUGUUUAAACCUCUAGGUUACAUUUUUACAAACAGUCAAUCGAGGAUUAAGUUUGAUUUGAAUUUUAUUGAAUGUUACUGGUCAUAAAACAGAAAGGCGACCUCUGCAGGCCGUACCCCGCCUCCCACCCUGUGAAGCUGGGAUAAGUCUCUCGGCCUAUGACCCUGAACUGGAUAACCUGCAGAUGGACGGCUGUUACAAUAAAUACAUUUCAGUAAACUGAAAGAAAUGUAACCAGAUUAGACUUGAAGGAUUUUGUGUCAGUGUCAGAACUGCUUUAUUUAAAUAUAUGACUCAUGAGAAUUAAACUAACCAUCUUUUGGCAUCGCUUGUCUUCAGUCUCCGGGCAUGGAAAUCAAAUUGGGAAGUUUCAUUUAUUUUAGAAACAGAUCUCGCUUAGGAUGGUGCAGUGGUCAGCACGAAUGUCUCACAACAAGAAGGUUCCUGGGUUUGAAUCUGUCUAGAGUUUCAAUGUUCCCAUGCUGCCCGUGUAGCUUCAGGUACUCUAGCUUCCUCCUCCAACUCAGUGAUGCUUGUUAGGGUUAUUGGUGAUUAUAAACCGAUUAAAGACUGACUGGUUGAUCUUUUCUGAAAGCUAAAAUAGGCUCUGGAAUCUGAAGUGUGAGUUCUGAGGGUGACGGGAGUCAUCCUGAAGUAAGACAAGAAAAACUCAGGCAAACUUGUUAUUCAAUCAGAAAAACAAAAAACAUCUUAAUCUGUAUUCAACAAGGCAAGUACCACAAACAUUUUACACAAAUAUACAAAGGUAAGACAUUACUUUUUUCAAUAUAAAUAUGAAAUUAGAUCUUUUAUCCUGUAAAACUGUGAUAAAAGUUGCAUAGAGGAGUAGUGAUAGGACAGGACUGUAUAUAUCACUCUAUGUGUGCAUUUUAGUUCUUAUUAGAGGGAUCAGACUGAGAUCAGCAGAACGCAACAAAAGCCACACAAAGGAAAAAAUAUCGGCGUUGAUGUUCAGCACUAUGAAUCUAAUCUUUACGAGCCAUUUAGUUUGUACACAGAGCUGUUCGGAUAGACAUUUACAAGGAUUUUAAUACUCAUUAAGGUGGAGAUGGAAAAACUAAAGACGACUGAUUCAAAUCAGACAUUCAGUGGAGUGUAAAGUACAACAUGUCACAGGGUCUCAUAGUUCAUUGAACAAACCGAACCAAAUGUUAGCAGCUUUAAAAAAAAAAUCUGUACUGUACGUUGUAAUUAUUCAGUUUUACCAAAUAACAACUGCAUUUAUUUGCGGCACUUCCUGUUGCCUAAAUGUUUUCCCUCCACUAGGGCAGAAAGUCACCAUGAAAGACUUUGAAACUCCAGGUUAUGACGUUAAACUGGAAAACAUAUUUACACCCAAUCAUCAACUGAGUCCUUUAAGUAAAGUGAUUCCAGUAUCAGCAAUGUUAAAACAAUACCACCAUGAAAAGUUUCUGACAACGCACAAAUCUGUAAGGACUGUUUGAUAACACUGUUUGUAUGACUUACAGUAACCCUGUUUUUUUUUUUUAUAAGUCUGACGUAAGACCCGUCUUUCUAUAGUUUACCAACAUUUGCUACAAUUAUCAACCUUAAAGUGGAUUUAAUUAUGCUUCAGUAGCUUCAUCCUGUAAUACUUAAUCAGAAGAGUAAAGUGGGAAGCAGGUUGUUACUUCAAACCCAUCACACACUGGAUGGUUCGUCUGCUAGUAGAAGCACUCAAAUAUUAUGGACGGAUUAUUUAAUAUUAUUAUUUUAUCUUCUUAUUUCCCUUCUUUUUUUAAAAAAAAAAAAAUCAGUGGUGAGACUUGGCAAACUCAGGAGUGAUUAAUUUU